UUCGUUACUGCGUCUGUUUCUACCCGGCCCAUUUGAAACGGACUGCAGCAAAGUUCCUGUCGAAAUGGAAGUGAAAAACUCAAGCGCUGCUAUGCUGAGCAACUAUGAGGUGUUCAAACUCCUCACAGACCUGAAGGAACAGAGGAAGGACAGCGGGAAGAACAAACACAGCACGGGGCAGCAGAACCUCAACACCAUCAUGUAUGAGACACUGAAGUAUCUGUCAAAGACACCCUGCAGCAGGCAGAGUCCAGAGAUCGUCAAAGAGUUCCUUAACACCAUGAUGCCUCACAAACUCACAAAGGCGGAGAAACUGCAGCUUCUGAACCACCGACCACAAACAGCAGUGGAAAUUCAGCUUUUGGUGGAGGAGAGUGAAGAGCGGCUAUCAGAGGCGCAGAUUGAGGAGCUCAUCCAAACGGUCUCUGCUGCUCUACCUGGUGACCCCGAGCUGGAAAAUGCAGAUGCAGAGAUGGAGGAAGGUGGUGAACAGUCGUGACACAGUGACGCCCAGAAUGACUCGGACUGUUCGUGGAGAACUGGAGUAAAGUUCGAAGUGAAUACACAACUGGACUGCUUUUUACCUGCACAAUUUUGCAUCCCUGUUUGAACUAAACAACAAGGUGACUAAAGGGAGACACAAAUGCUGCCUGGUCGUGGAUAAAAGGAACCCUUUACUUAAUUUUGAACAGAAAAAGAUAAGCCCGUUCUAAUUUGCAUUUGCUUUUUUAUGUACAAAUGGAUUCAAAUCUAAUGAGCACAUCCCUUCAUAAGGACAGGUGUUAGGACAGUGAGUCACAGAUGUUUUGCAUUGUACUGAUCUAAUUUGUAUUCCACCUUAGAUAUCGUUUAUGCAGAGACAGACUGUUGUUAUUGUGCUGUGUUUGUGGCUCCUGACUUAAUACUACUCAUCACUGUCAUUCUCUCAUUCGUGUGUAAAAUAAGGGGUUUAUGCUGCUGUAUGAUUUACCAAGUCAGACUUGUAAUGGUACAGCACUAACACAAGGUCAGGUAAUAAUAUAAGAGUGGUUGUGUGAUAACAAGCAUGUUUACCAAGAGGUAAUUCAUGUCUUUUUCUAAUGCAGUACUUUUUGUAGCACUCGUUUUUUUUUUCUCCAUAAUGAGAAAAUAUCUACUGAAUCGUGACUGUCAGCAAGUCAACAACAGUUUUCAACAAAG